AUUUAAUAAAUUUAUUGUCAAAUAUUAUUAAAUUUACAUAAAUCUAAGGAAUGAAAAAACAAUCACAAGAAACAACGGAACCACAUGUAAAUUCCGUAACAUCUCAUCUAAAUUCCGUACCAUCAGAAUUAAACUCUAACUUGUCAGAUGUAAACUCUAACUUAUCAGAACCAAAUUCCGUGCCAUCCGAAUUAAACUAUAACUUAUCAUAUGUAAACUCUAACUUAUCAGAUGUAAAUUCUGAUGAUUUAAAUUCUGUAAAAAAUCUGAGGGAAAUUGAAGAAUAUAACUUAAAGGAUGAAAAUACCAGAAGGAACGGGGAAUCGGAAAACUUCAAAUCCGCCAAAACAUCUUUUCACACUCUUAACACUGUAAAUAAUGCUCUAAAUAGUGUAAAUAACACUCCUAACACUGCUAAUACCACUCCUAACACCCUUAAUAACACUGUAAAUAAUGUGAAUAAUACAGUAAAUAAUACUGUAAAUAAUGUAAAUAAUGUGGGUGUGAAUAGAUUUGUGGUUGGAAAUGACUUUUUGAGGCCCGCUGGGUUAUCUUCAGAUCGUUGUAUGAGAGACUUUGCAAGUGCUAAGAAUCGGAAAUUUUACUCCAAAAUGAAUUAUUCCAAUCAAUCACUAACUACUGAGUCACCAACUAAUUCCACUCUCAGUAACUCAACUAACUCUAGAACCUCUGUCCUAACUAAAGUGUCUACCGCCUGUAAUAAGCUUGAGGGUGAAAAUGAGGAAAACAGUGUGAAAAAGAGUGUUGAGAGGAUAUUUAGGUCAAAUUCGAUACUGAGGAAUGAAAAUCGGAUGAGGAACACUACCCACGAGGACAUCUUCGGAGCCAAAGAUUACAAUAAAAGAACUCGCCACCAUUCUCAUAUUAACUCUAGGGAUCUCAGUUCCACCCAUCUUAACUCUAGGGAUCUUAACUCUAGGGAUCUUAACUCUAGGGAUAUUAACUCUAGGGAUCUCAGUUCUGAUUACGCGGAACUCCCAACUAAACGUAACUCUAACUCUCUUAACACUCUUAACUCUGUAAACAGUGUAAACAGUGUAAACUCUAUAAAUACUGUAAAGAGUGUGGACAGGGUGGACAGGGUGGAGAAUGUGUUGAUGAGUCUUUGGGGUUUGAGAUCGGAGACGUCGGAGAGUGAGUUGGAGAAUUUGUGUCGUUGCAGUAAGGUCCAGAUUGUGUCGAUUUCGCUGGACCGGAACAUCAUCACGCACUACUGCACGGGGACAGGGAAGAUUAACCUCAAAAGCCCGAAACUCGACAACCUCACACACUUUAAAAAACUACUCAAACUCAACGGAUACAACUUUAAAACCUAAUCUCAAACCACACACACUUAACAUAUUAUCCCUUAAUUCUUUUA